AUGGGGGAUGCGCCGCUGCGUGUGAUGAUUUCAGGAGCACCGGCUGCAGGCAAAGGGACCCAGUGCGCCAGCAUCGUGGAAGAUUUUGGCCUGACCCACAUCAGCGCGGGGGAUCUGCUGCGGGCUGAGGUGUCUGCCGGAACACCUGCUGGAAAGCGCGCCUCCGAAUUCAUGACCGCCGGCAAGCUUGUCCCAAACGAGGUCGUCGUAGACAUGGUGGUGGGAGCCCUGAGCAGCGGUGAGGCGGCGCGCCGGGGCUGGCUGCUGGACGGCUACCCCCGCUCACCGGAGCAGGCCCAGGCCAUCGACCGCGCGGGCAUCCGCCCUGACGUCUUCCUCCUGCUCAAUGUACCCGAUGACGCCCUGGUGGCCCGCGUCGUGGGGCGGCGGCUGGACCCGGUCACGGGCGACAUCUACCACCUGACUUUCCGACCGCCGCCAACCGAGGUCGCGCCCCGCCUCGUCCAACGCAGCGACGACACGGAGGAGGCGGUGCGCACCCGGCUGGCCACAUACCACGCCAACCUGGACGCCGUGCUCGGUUUCUACCCAGACCAGAUCGUGCAGAUCGACGGCGCCAGGUCCAUGCCGGAGGUCUACGCUGACAUCCGGGCCGCCCUGGAUGCCGCAGUGGCGAGCAAAGCUUUGCGCGUGGCCGCCGCGUAG